GUCGACCAGCGCCCGACGUACGCAGUUGAGCAGCAUAUAAUUUGCAUUCUCUUGAGUUCCUAUCAUUCACUUUGUGUUGACUAUCCAAUUAAAUAACCAAACACAAUGAUUUUGAAGCUAAUUAUAUUUAUAACUGGACUGAGUGCUGCGCUCUCUGUUAAUUUUUUUAGAAAGGAUUACACCUACAUUGAAGAACGCGAUGCUUUUUAUAAGCUUAUAUGGUCUGAAGAAGGAAACUCCUUCGAAGAGGCUGUGAAUGCUUGCGAUAAUGAUGGAUCGCAAUUAUUUUACCCAAAAGAUCACAGCGAAUGGCGAGUUAUAAACAAUCUUGUAAAAGCUAUGCCUCAGACGCCUAAUACUACAGACGUCUUACUAGGCAUUCGUGACGAAGUCGGCAACGGAUAUUAUACCACUCUUGAUGGUCAUUUUGUAACAAUAAAUAUACAAGGUGAUGCAUUGCCCCUGGACUGCGUCAUAUUGGAUGUGAAUACUGGUGAAUUACGUACCACUUUUUGCGAAGAUGGGAUUGAACCCAGACUUUUCGUUUGUAAGAAAAUGGACAGUUCACCCUGCCCUACCGUCGACGAAGGUACAGAUAAUACU